GACUUCCCCUUCAAAGGCCUAGAACAUAGCCCGUUUCUGACGGAUCAUCAGAUAUUGGAAACCAUAAAAUUCUAUGAUAAAUCUUUUCAAAACACAUUUUUUAUGGAUCCCCUAGUCCAGAAAGAAUUUGCACAAUCUUUCUCUCAAGUUCAAAUCCUUUCCAAAAAACCAUAUGCAAAUACCGAGGCAUCUUCCCGAAAGAUGAAAAAAAUGAUAAACCUCACAAACGAAAAUAUGAGGCAUAAACGUCAAAAUCCCUCACCUCAAACACGCCUUGAUCCAGUUCGUUUAUUCAUCUACCCUCAUCAACAACUUUCAAGCCUUCCACAUGAUAUAAGAAAAAUAAUUUUCCAAAAAGCUAAAGAAAAAUUCGAGAAAAAAGAUGACAAAAUACAUGAAUUUCUUACAGAAAUGGCAAAGAAAAAAGAAGUGACAGAUGGCCUAGGAAUUUGUGACACAUAUAAUUACAACCAACAGGAGGAGUGCAAAGGAGACUGUAUAAUCCCCUAUUGCGAAUGCUCCCUGGAUUACAAAAUUCCUAGAGUUACAGUCGACCUUGAACUGUAUAUGAAAUAUUAUCCUCGUGACAUCACACAUUUAGAAGAAGUGAUAACAAUCCAUACACUUCUGGACUUCGGCCUUAUUGAAUGCAUACAAUUUCGUGGUGACCAGAACGUGAUCCAAAGAAGCAACUUAGGAAAAAAGCUGAAAGAAGUAUUUCACACAUAUCUAUUGAAGUUAAAGGGUGAACAUCACUCUGGCGACAUUUGGAUUUAUCCAUACAUAGACUCAAAGCCUUUAGGAUGGUCUCACAGCAAGUUUGAACCCACAUAA